CAUGAGUUAAUGUUUAUUAUUUUGAUUAAACAAAAACCCAACAAUAGGAAAAGCGCCCCCACGGGAAAAGUUUCGCGAAGGUUAGCUCAUGCUGCGAGAUCUGAGCCUGGUGUGAAUCCACCGAACAGCCUUGUCUACAACGAGCAACCUUCUCCGCUUCUCUGUCUGUCUGCUCCUCCGCUAAACUGCGAACAAGGGAACUCAACUCAAGUAGAAUUUGUUAGAGAUUCGGACAUAGUUUUUUGAGAGACUAGUAGAUCGAAUCUCGAAGAAGAUGAAUAUAUUCAGAUUAGCAGGUGAUAUGACUCACCUUGCCAGCGUUCUCGUAUUGCUCCUCAAGAUCCACACCAUCAAAUCCUGCGCUGGCGUUUCUUUGAAGACCCAAGAACUCUACGCUCUUGUUUUUGCUACUCGCUAUUUGGAUAUAUUUACGGAUUUCAUAUCUCUCUACAAUACUAUCAUGAAGCUAAUAUUUUUAGGAAGUUCAUUUUCAAUUGUUUGGUACAUGAGGAACCACAAGAUUGUCAAUAGGUCUUAUGAUAAAUCUCAGGAUACCUUCCGUCAUUAUUUCCUUAUCCUUCCUUGCUUACUCUUGGCCCUUAUUGUUAAUGAGAAAUUCACAUUUAAAGAGGUGAUGUGGGCAUUUUCCAUAUAUUUAGAAGCUGUUGCCAUACUUCCUCAGCUUGUGCUGUUACAAAGAACUAGAAAUAUUGAUAACUUGACCGGGCAAUAUGUAUUUCUUCUUGGUGCAUACCGAGCUCUAUACAUUCUCAACUGGAUUUAUCGCUACUUCACUGAGCCGCACUAUAUCCAUUGGAUAACUUGGAUAUCUGGGCUUGUGCAAACAUUGCUUUACGCGGACUUUUUCUAUUAUUACUUUGAGAGCUGGAAAAACAACAAGAAGCUCCAGUUACCUGCUUGAAAAGCUAAAGGACAGAUCCUCUGUGCUUGAGGACAUCCUGAUUUGUCAACAGCAACAGCCUAUUUUUAUUUCUUUUCUUAAUUCAACUUAUUUUAGAGAGAUAUAUUGUUCUGAGAUUUCUUGGAGAAGGUAAUUGUUUGCAGAUACCAUAAAAGUGAAAGCAAUUGCUUGUUUUUGCCGAAUAUAUUUGUAAAGAAGAAUAUUAACGUUAGUACAUUUAGUUCACUUGUGAUGUCA